AGUAUAAAUUUAAUCCAAGUAAUAAAGUAAUGUAAGAAAGGAAGUGGUAGACAAAUAAUGUCAAUAAACUCCAUAAUCCAUCUAUUAACUUUCCUUCCCCAACUGGAUAUCGAAACGUAUCCUUUAACACCCUCCUUUUUCUCCCUUUCUUCUCUUUCUCUCUCUUCUUCUUUUCUUUGCUUAUUUAUUUAUUUAUUUAUAUUUUAUUUUUUCUCUGAAACAGAAACGAAUCCUUAAUUUCUGACUUCAUUUUACACAUUCUUCAACCUUACUUAUACAGUACAUUGCAUCUCCCAUUUCUCUUAAACAAUUUCCUCUUUCUCUCUCCUAAUUUUUAAAAUUUGACUCAGUUAUAGUCAUAAUUUCCCCAAAUUAAUUAUUUAAUCCACUAAUUAAUUGGGUAUUCUCCCUUCUUUUUUUUCCCCCCCUAUAUAAACCCUUCAUUUCAACCAGAAUUUCAGUACCCAAAAACAGAGAAAGAGAGAAAAAAACAGGGGAGAUAAUAAUAAAAGAAUAGUAGUAAUAAUAAAAAUAAUAAUUCAAUUUUAAUUUCUGGGAAAAAUGAUAGCAUUCAUAGAGCAUAGUUUCCACCAUGAAAACGACGCCGAAUCUCGGCAAAACGACGCCGUUGAGGCCGGCGAACAAGGCGAUGCUGCUGAAUGGAAAGAAGCGUUGAAAGAAAUACAAGGAACAGUUGAUUACGACUCAAUUUUUACCGGUUUGGCCGGUAAAGAUUUCGGCGGAAUGAACCGGACAAAGCCGUUAGCGGUAAUCCGACCAGCCGGUUCAUCCGACGUGGCAACGGUGAUAAAAUCAGUCCAAACGACGCCGUUUCUCCGAGUCGCAGCAAGAGGUAACGGCCACUCAAUUAACGGCCAAGCGAUGUCCGACAAAGGGUUGGUCAUCGAUAUGCGUGCCAUGGGGGACCACCCUUCGUUAAACGUCGUCGUUUCGUCGUCUAAUUCUCUCUCUUACGCUGACGUCAGCGGGGGAGCAUUGUGGGAGGAGGUGCUAAAACGGUGCGUUUUGGGGUAUGGAUUGGCUCCCAGGAGUUGGACGGAUUAUCUUGCUUUGACGGUUGGUGGGACUUUAUCUAACGCCGGCGUUAGCGGGCAGGCUUUCCGUUAUGGACCUCAAACGUCUAACGUAACGGAAUUGGAGGUUGUUACGGGUAGGGGUGAAACUGUAAUUUGCUCUGAAUCUGUUUACCCUGACCUCUUCUUUGCCGUCCUUGGUGGUCUCGGGCAGUUCGGGGUUAUUACUCGGGCAAGAAUUCCCCUCCAAAAGGCUCCGGACAUGGUGAGAUGGAUAAGGUUAGUAUACUCCGAGUUCGACGAAUUCACCCGUGAUGCUGAGUUCAUAGUGAGUCAAUCAAAGGAGAAUUCGUUCGAUUAUGUGGAGGGGUUCGUGUUUGUUAACAGUGAUGAUCCGAUUAAUGGUUGGCCUUCGGUUACUUUGGAUUCGGAUCAGUGGUUUAACCCGGAUUUUCUUCCCCCGAGUUCAGGGUCCGUUUUGUAUUGCCUUGAAGUCGCGCUCCAUUUUCACCACCACCAACAUCCUUCCUUUCUUGAUUCGGAAAUAGAGAGGUUGAUCGGACGGCUGAGAUUCGUCGAGGGCCUACGGUUUCAGGUGGACGUGAGUUACAUGGAUUUCCUACUCCGAGUAAAGAAAGCAGAGCAACAAGCAACGGCGAGUGGAAUAUGGGAGGCCCCACAUCCGUGGCUAAAUCUGUUCGUAUCAAAGCGUGAUAUCGUUGAUUUUGAUCGGACGGUCUUUAAGAAGAUCCUCAAGGGUGGGAUUGGUGGGCCCAUGUUAGUCUACCCUCUCCUGCGAAGCAGAUGGGAUAGCCGUAACUCUGUAGUAAUACCAGAAGGGGAAAUCUUUUACUUGGUGGCGUUGCUCCGAUUCACACCACCUUAUCCUAGUGGUCCGCCAGUGGCGGAUUUGGUGGCCGAGAACAGGGAAAUUGUUAGGCAUUGUACAAAGAAAGGGUACGAUUUCAAGUUGUAUCUUCCACAUUACCAAACACAAGAAGAGUGGAAGCAACACUUUGGGAGCCAAUGGCCAAGAUUUGUUGAACGAAAGGUGAUGUUCGAUCCAAUGGCCAUCCUUGCUCCUGGGCAGAAAAUCUUCCCUAGGACUCAUAAAACUAGCCAAUUACUGUAAUAGUUAGUCAUUUAGAAAUCUUAAUUUUUACUUUCAGAAAAAAUACAGUUUUCUUUUCCUUUAAACAUUAAUUUUUUUUUUUUUUAUUUCUUCAGUUGCCCUGUUGAUCUUCAUUAAUGGGCCAAUAUUGUUAUUAGUUUUUUAUAAGCAUUAUGAAGCAAUGUAAAUGAAUUUUUUUCUUCAUAAAAAAGUUCUCCUAUUCUCCGAUUAUCAACAAAUCAUCGUAAUUCAGUUAACAUAGUUUAUUACAAGUAUUA